GACUCAGGGAGGUGCGUCCCAGCUGAGAGUAGGAACCAGGUAGUGCGGACAGACGGCCGGGAGUCUCACUCUCAGCACCGAUGAGGUUCCACCGCUCCAAAGCCCAACAGCACCUGUGACCGGCGUCCGCCGCACCUCCGCAGCAGUCGACCCGCCGAGCCGCCGCCAUGAGCGGUGCCAGGGAGCCGGGCCCCGGGCCCCCGCCGGCCCCCAACGUCAAACCCAAACCCGGCCAGAGCCGGACCGGCAGGAGCAGCAAGGAGGACCGGCGCCGAGAGGGGAAACCGGCGAAGGCCAGGAGGUCCAGGAGCACCGAGGCGGAGCGGGGGAGGGGACGGGGGCGGGACCCGGCGGCGGCGAGGUCGCGGCGCGGGCGGAGCGAGGAGGCAAGGAGGCGGGACCGGAGGGGCGAGGGCUCCCCGAGGAGGAAGCCUCCCCCCGACGGCGGCGGCGAGGACGACGGCGUGGAGACGGAGUGCGCCGUCUGCUUCAGCUCCUACGACAACGUGUUCAAGACGCCGAAGCUGCUAGCCUGCGGCCACACCUUCUGCCUGGAGUGCCUGGCGCGCAUCAACGUGGGCUCGGCCCAGCUGACGGCGCUCAGCUGCCCGCUGUGCCGCGAGCCGACCCGGCUGGCGCACGGGCGCGACCUGCCGCGCCUCGGCACCAACCAGGACAUCAUCACGCGGCUGCCGGCCGCCAUGCGCCGCGCGUGCUCCGUCCGCUUCAAGCGCGGCCAGGGCAAGCUGGUUCUGAAGAACCCGCCCCCCCGCAGCCCCGUGAAGAGCCCCGCGGCGCCGGGCGACCCGGGCGCCACCGUGGUGGACGUGGGCCGGCCCCCCAGCAGGAUGAGGGGCCGGCUGCGCCGCCUGUUCCGCUCAGACCGCUGCUACUACGCCGUGGUGGCGGCCGUCAUCACCGUCACCGUGGUGAUCCUGCUGGUGGGAAUCCUGGCCUUCGCCGUGGUGCCGGCCACGCACCACCGGCCCGUCGGGCCGGAGAACCACACGCUGCCGGGGCCGGGCCCCUGAGGCGCGGGGCCGGGUCGGGGUGGAACUGAACUUACAGGACUGUCUCAGAAAAUUUGAAUAUUGUGAUAAAGUCCUUUAUUUUCUAUAAUGCAAAAAUGUCAUACAUUCUGGAUUCAUUACAAAUCAA